AUGACCACCACAUCGCCAAACCCGCCCUGGGUCUUGAAGAAGGCAGUUCUUGUUUAUACACCCGAUUUCGAUGUUUCUUGUUUUGCUCGCCUUCGUAUUGCCCAUGAUAAAACUGCCAACCAAGGAUCCAUCUCCCUUUGGAUUACGGCAGAUCUCGCUAACCUGAGCGGCAGAUCACAGGUGCUGACGUUGAAUGUCCCCCCAGAAAUAGUCGAAAAAUGUGCAUUAGCCCCGAUAAGCAACGACGGCCUCUGUUCAUCUCGUUUGGUUUCCAUGCUCCGGGCCUCCGUCACCAAUGUUUCGGCCGUCUCAACACUGAGUCUGAGACUCGGCACGACCGGUAUUGUUCUUUGUCCAUCUGAGAUGGAGCCUCUAAGCCCAGCCAAUCAAGGGGACUUGAAUUUUCACGCAUUUGCAAAGAUCUGUCAAUCCAAAUUUCUACGUCUACACUUUUCCAGACGACAAUUUGUGAACAAAGAACUUGAUCAGCUGGAAACUUUCUCGGGUGCCCUGCGAAAAGGAAGUCUUCAGGCAGAGUCUUUUGACCACGCUCGCCAUGGUGUGGUCCAGAAAGAUUGGCGUGCCUUUAGUCUGUCGCUCGAUCCACCCCCAUAUUGUGAGGAGCCCGUGUCCGAGCAGGUGAAGCAGGUGGAUCCACCCCUAUAUUGUGAGGAGUCCGUGUCCGAGCAGGUGGUUGGAAAACGGCGCAGAGACGCAUGGUCAAUGUCACCUGACAAUGAAAGACGAAAAAGACUGCUCCUUCCAUCCCCUCAACCGCUAGGCUCUCCCACCGAAGUUAAUACGCCGAGUACUCUCUCCACGUCACCGUCCUCAAUCCGCCCAACUUACUUUACGCAUGCUUCCUCUCCUGGCCGCACAGAGCGUACUAGACUUACGCGUCUUGAACAUGAGCUCCGUGGUGUUUCCGAUGACCUGAUCUGCGAACUAUUAAUUCGAUCAGGACGCCAACAUCUGCUGGCCAUACCAGAAGAUGUACACAGUGAUUUGCCAUCCGAGUCUGAGGAAGUCAGCUUUGCCAAGGUCGAGAUGAUUGAGCGCCGCCUCAAACGAUAUGUCGAUGAGAUGAUUGAGCGCCGCCUCAAAUCACAUGUUGUCGACGAGAUUGUCGAUAGUGCCGUGAGCGAGUGUCGUGAUCAGAUCUUCGACGAAUGCAAAACGAACGAAGCCGAAUUUCGUGAACAGGUCGACGAUGGUAACUCCGAGGUACGCAAUACGGCCAAUGAAUGUAUGAAGGAAAUGAAAGAACAAGGGCAAAAGUACAUGCGUGAAAUAGAAGAACAAGCGCAACAGUACAUGAAUGAUAUCGAGGAUCAGGGACUCGAGGUUGAGAUGUCUGCGAAGGAAAAAGUCGCAAAGCUCAAGCGCUGGUUCAAUGCUUCUGCCCAGUCCUUACUUGAUAACAAGUCAAGCCCUAGCCAUGAGCUGGGCACUAAUGCCAGACGCAGUUCCAUUUAG